GAUGCUGCUGUGUGAUGACACGGGAAGGAUGGAGAGAAAAAAAACGCUAUUGACUGAAUUAUAGAAGCGGAUGGAACAGAAUAAAAAAAAGUUGCUGUGUAUACAUUGUCAUCGGAGGUGGUUCAUUUAUCGCGUGCAAGAAGAAGACCUUCAUGAAGCACACAACAAUGGCUGCAACUGUCAUCAGCUGUGGGCCAAAGAUGGCCCCCGGUUGACGCUUUGGACCGCAUUGUCUUACUGGAGUCCACCCAAGUAGGACAUGACAUAGUGCUGGCUGGCUGGUGUCAGUGUUACUAUGUGCUUUCUCCAUGAGGGCCCGGGGUCAACAGGUGUCGGCAAUGUCAGGAAAAGCACCUCCACCAUCCUGUGUGGGGGCGUCAGCCAGUCAGCAGAGGAGCACGUGGUUCACCCUGAUGGCAGCUUGAUGUCAGGAAGACCGACACCCUGCACAGAAAAACAAGGACAAAGCUCUGUCACACCCCCGUGACCUCCCCCCUACUUCCGCCGCUCCAGUUAUAAGGCAGCAUGCGCAACAUUGGCUCACAGUGAAUAGUUUUUACUGAAAGCAAGGCGCUUCAGGACCUGCUGCUUGCGUACUGAAGAAGUUCUGUGGUCGCGCUGACAAACGCUCCUCAGCUCCAUCAUGGAUGCGUUGAAGGUGUGGCAACUUCUGUGUGUGCUGGGCUGCGUGGGUGCAUCACUACAUUUGAACCAGGUGGACUACGUGGACGUCUACGACAACGAGGUGCCUCAGGAAGAAGAGUCCCAGCAAACGCCAUGCCUGGCUGCAGAGCUGACUCGAUGGGACAAGCUCUUCAUCGCCCUGGAGAACUCUCAGAUGAGGCAGAACAUGCUGCUGGAGUCCUCGGAGAAAUGCUGCGGAGGAAUGGUGUCCCUCAGGGCGCAGGUGGACCACCUAGCCAGGGCGACGUCCCGUCAGUGCUCACCCUGCCUGGGGCAAGCAGAGCAGGCUACACUGAAGAUGCUCCAUCGGGGCCUGGCUGAGCUCCGCGAGGAGGCGGCGGAGAGGGAGAGGAGGGUCAACACCACCUUGCAGAAGAUCCUGGACAGUUUUCCCGAGGAGGACGGCGGCAAGGAGGGACACCUUCCAACACGAAGACCUGAGGGUAGCUUGGCGGCGGUGCUUGGAUUGGGGAUGAAGCCUUUCACGUCUGGUCUUAAGGAGCAGGAAGUAACUUCACCUCUGGACAUGGCCUCAGUGGAGAAGGCCUUAGUUGCCAUAGCAACUGAGCUGCAGCGGGUUCACGUGCAGCUGAGCAGAGCGAUUGAACAAGCGGGCACGUUGAAGAAAGACAGAGGAGACACAUGAAGAUGCAAAAUAACACAAAAAUGACACUCCAGCCUUGAUGCUUUUGCACUUCAUCCUGUUUAAGGGGAUCUCCUUUUCAAAGACAUGUUUUUUUGUUUGGACUAUCAGUGUACUUUCAUCAAUAAAAACACAUGGCGACAAGACUCACUACGCCCACACAGCCCAUAAGUCCUUUUGUCCAAAUCAGACACAGGCCCGCCUCCUCUCAUUUGUACCUUGUCAGAGGCUGCUCGCUGUGUAAAAUUACAUUUCUGUAUUUGUUUGGCGCAUCACUCAAAGUAUUGAAGAAAGCCAAUGUUAUUUCUUUUAUUUUUAUUAUUUUUUUGUCAUUUUUAUAACAUUUUAUUUCAUUUAUUACAUUUUUAAAAAAUCAUAUAAUAUUGAACAUAAAAAAUAGUAACAUGAUCAGAAUAGAAAUAAUUAUUUGUAUUAAAAUUAUUUGUAUUUUUUUUUAAUGAAAGACAUUAAAUCUUUUUCCUAAAAAAUAUUUAGCAAAGUUGAUGUUUAAUUUUUUUCUAAAGUUUUGUUUAAUUCAAUUUCAAUUGAAGUUUUUUAUUGGUGUUUUUACAUUUUGUUUAUUUCUUAACUUCAUUAGGAUGAUCAUCACAAAA